UUGCAGGGAGGUUGCGCGGAGGUUCCUCUCCUCCUCAGGGAGGUGAGGGAGCUGUCCGGUGCUGAGGGGGGAAGAUGAGCUCAGCGCGCGCCGGGGGGCAGGUAACGUCAGCAGUCGGCCGGAGCUGGGAAAGACUGUAUAUACACACCCACCAAGUGUUUAUCGCCGCUUAAUCACUGAUACACACCGACACACAUUAAUAAUGGGCAGCUAAUCAGCUCUGUGUGACUCAGCUGCGCUUCUUUAUUCCGAUUCAUGAGUGCCUCGGCAGCAUCCCGCGCCCUCCGCUUGGCUUGAAAUGGGAUGAUAUGGGAUUUUUCAUGUCGACGAAGAUCGGAGGGAUUCUUGCGUUUGCCUUGGUAUUCCUGCCCCUGAUGGUGUCAGGAGACUCAGAUGCAGACGUGAAGUGUGAGAACAUUUAUAAGGACUUUUCUGAUUGCGUCCUGGAGCUGGGAGAGAGCAUGGACAACUAUCAGGAGAACGUGACCAGCGAGAGGGGAGUGGCAGCUGUGUGCAGCCACUGGGAAGCUUUCCACACAUGUGCCCUCACGGCGCUGUCCGACUGUCAGAAGGAAGUCAGCUCCAUCUGGGAAACUCUGAGGCAGGACUCCAGGAAGAUUCGCUUCCAGGGGAGUCUGUUCGACCUGUGCAGCCCGAGCUCCUCGCCAAGCAUAAGUUCACCUCUUGCUGCCCUUACCCUGCCACUGAUAGGCGUGUUGAUCGUGGCUGGGCCCAACUGGUACCCUGUAUAGAUGGGGGUGAGGUGGAUGGGAGGGGUGAUGAGGAGAACCUCAAAUCCCCCCUGGGUUCAGUCCUGCUGAGUUCAAACUUAAAGCCAAGGAUUUAAGAGAGUGUUUUAAUAAGGAUUAUUUUGACACAGAGCCACGGAGGUCUGUGGUUAAGCCAAUCAAUAUUUGCUGUGGUGAAUAAUGUUUGAAAUCUCUUCAAACACUUCAGCUUGAUCCUCCCUUAUGUCCAGAAACUGAUAGAGCACUUGAGAAAAUUACAUUUUAGCUAGCUGAUCAGUCCAGGCUGACUACAGCAAACACACGAGUAUUCAAGGGAUUUCAGAUACAGUGUGAGCAGAUCAGUCAGACACCUGUGGCUCUGGGUUACCAAUAUACAAGGAGUGGACACAAUAUCAUGAACACCUGUACAAUCUAAUGCAAUGAGUAUGUUAUUCAUGUACACUAUCAUGUUGUGUUUUUGUGGAUUUAAGUCUGAGGUCAUUUUUAAAGCAGUAUUUGUGGAGUUGUGCUGGUUUUCAUUAUAUUCUAACACAGAAAGAUGUUGAUGUUUUUGUGUCCACUCCCUGUACCAUGUGUUGUAUGGUUUUAUCAUGAUAA